UUAUUCGCGUUGUACCACCCAUGCACAUGUGUAAACAAGGAGCUGGGUAUCUUCUAGAACCGGGAAACCAGCUGAUGGGCUGUAAUCUUUUCUAAUAUACAGAAGAAUCGCAACGUUAAAAUCACUUAUAAAUAAACUAAAUAUACACAUUUUGAGCCAAAAUGGCGUCCUCAGAGGCGCAGUGUGAGAGCGACGAUGGCAUGGACGAGUUAAUGGACAAAUUCAAGACCCAGAGAUAUAAAAAUGCCUUCAGUGAAAACAGCUGGGAAGAGGAGUUAAAUAAAAUACCAAUGUUCAUGAAAACUGCCCCUGAGGAGAUUGACCCAAAGGAAUACCCUGAACUAGCCUGCCUACAAGCUAUUAUCCACGAUGAAGACAGACCCCCUGAAGAGCAAGCGAAGGGCCUGAAAGAUGAGGGGAAUGUGUAUUUCAAGGAGAAGAACUACCAGAAGGCCAUACUGUCCUACACCGCAGGUCUGAAGAAGAAAUGUGGCGACCAGGAGCUCGACACUGUUCUCCUCACCAACCGGGCCGCAGCACACUUCCACCUGGGUAACAUGCGCUCUGCGUUGAAUGACGCUGCAGCUGCAAAGAAAAUCAAACCAGACCACCUUAAAGCCUUGAUCAGAGGGGUUCAGUGUUGUAUGGAGCUGCGUAUCUUUGCAGAGGCCAUCCAGUGGUGUGAUGAGGGGCUCAAGUCUCAUCCCACAGACAAGAAGCUGCUGGAGCUGAGAGCAGCAGCAGAUAAACACAAGAGAGCAGCAGAGAGAGACGCCAGGAAAGCCAAGGCCAAAGAGAAAAAGCUGCAGGGUGAGAAAGAAGCUCUUCUGGCUGCUAUAAAGGAUCGAGGCAUCAAGCUUCUCCAGUCUUCGAAGCCUCGUCAGCAUGGUUCAGACAGUGAGGGUGAGGAUAAAGGCGCCUCAGCAGCGAUAUCACAGUUGAGCCUGGAUGGCCUCAGCUCUCAGGAGGUCACGGGGGCUCAGGUCUUCCUGGACGAGCAGGGCUCUCUGCAGUGGCCUGUUCUCUUCCUCUAUCCCGAACACCAGCAGAGUGACUUUAUCUCUGCUUUCUGUGAGAACAACUGUUUCAUAGAUCACCUGUCGGUCAUGUUUGGAGAAGAACUUCCACCUUGGGACUCGGAUAGAAAAUACCACCCACAGAAUUUGCAGCUGUACUUUGAAGACGAGCAGAAGGAGACUCUCUACCAAGUAAACCCAGAGACGUCACUUUUAAAAGUGUUGCAGCAUAAAAGGUUUUUUGUCAAGGGAGGGACUCCCAGUUUCAUCGUUCUGGUAAAGGAUUCCUCGUUCUGGGAGCAGUUUUUAACUGGGAAGAAAAUACAAAGAUUGUGAAAACGCAUGGAUUUAAUAUCUUGGACUAUUAAUACACAAAAUUCUCCGACUCGUGGCAAAGGGCAGGACACGCUCUUCGACAACAGAUAUGAACACACAUGAAUAUAAAACAAAUAAUAUCUCUGAAAGAUACAAACUGCAAAUUGAAAAUGGUGUAAAGAAAUUUUAUUCAAGUGCUUGAUUAGACAAAUUAAUCACAACAAGAACAAAAUGUAUAAUGGCUAUUAACAAGUGAUGUAAAUGCUUGUAAGUAAAAAAAGUUUAUCCUUGACCAAA